CAUUGGCUUCUGAAUAGUUCAGUUCUUUCAUAGAUGUAGAUAGGAGGAGACAUAUAACAUCAUAUAUUUUAUAUAAAGUCUCAUUUAGCAUAUACGUACCUAGAGAUACAUUUAAAAUGAUUACUGUGUAAAUUAACAACUCGAAUUAAUUCCGUGUAAAAACCUCAUUACUUAUUUAUUAUAUUUACCCAAAAUUGUGUACGAAAUGAAGAAAUAUUAUUUCUUUUUUGGUGAAGGCAGCAAAAUUAAUCAGCUGCUAUGUGCAAUAUCGAUAAAUUUCCUAUUAUUCUGCUACGGCUCCAGCAUCGGGUGGAUGUCUCCGAUGACCCUGCUGCUGCAAUCAGCGGACUCCCCCAGGGGAACUCCAUUGACUAUCACUGAAGUAUCAUGGAUGGCUUCUAUAUCAUACUUGGUGUCCAUGGUGUUCGAGUUCGUGGUAGCGUACAUGGGAGAGGCUUUUGGAAGAAAGAUCUGUGUGAUAUUCUUGUCACUUUGCUCGGCUGUUUGCUGGAUUCUAAAGUUGUCUUCCAUGGAGACGUGGGCGUUCAUACUAGCAAGAGCCAUGGUGGGUAUCACCAUGGCCGGAGUCUACGUGAUAUGUCCGCUGUACACCAAGGAGAUCAGCGAAGACAGCAUCAGAGGAUUCCUUGGUACUUUGCUGAUAUUCUUCCAAACCUCAGGAAAUUUGUUCUUGUACGUCAUCGGGGAUAUUUUAAGCUAUAACACCAUCCUGUGGAUCUGCCUAGCCAUGCCGACUGCCCAUAUAUUGCUGAUAAUGCUGAUGCCAGAAUCCCCGUCCUAUUUACUGAAGAAAGGAAAAACUGAGGAAGCUUUGAAAGUGAUAGCGUGGCUUCGGUGUAGGGCAGAAGACGACGCCUCUUUGAAACAGGAACUGGACAAGAUCGUCAAAGAGCAAAAAUCUGAUGAAGACAGCAGCCAGUUCGCACUUAAGGCAAUAUUACAAGACAAAAUACUCUUCAGAGCGUUCAAAAUCGCGGUGUUAGUGUCCCUCGCUCGAGAAUUAUGCGGUGCUCUACCUGUCCUGAACUUUGCUGGGGAGAUCUUCUCCCUGUCCGCAGAAGGAGGGGGCAUCGUCAUGCUGACUCCGAACCAGCAAGCCAUGCUGCUUGGAGCUGUGCAAGUGUGUGGAGCUAUGCUGGGGUCCAGCGUUGUGGAGCUGGUUGGACGAAAGCCGCUAUUCAUCAUCACGGCCUUGAUAUCAGGGCUCAGCAUGUGUCUGCUGGCGUCCUGGUUCUUGACCAGGGAGUUGGGCGUCGCCCUCCCAGCCUGGGUCCCCGUCGCGUCUCUCUGCCUGACCAUCUUCUGUGAUUCCUCUGGCAUCCAACCUGUGUCUGUAGUUAUCAUCAGUGAAAUGUUCUCUUAUAAGUACCGCGGAACAGUAAUGGCAACAUCAAUGACCAUAGCUUCACUGGCUGCAUUCCUGCAAAUGCUGUUCUUCAAACCACUAGCGAACGCUAUAGGCAUUCAUCUGUCAUUCUACUUCUUCGGCGCUGUUUGCCUGGUAGCAGCUGUUUAUGUGUUCCUGGUAUUCCCGGAGACAAAGCUAAGGAGUGUGGAGCAGAUACAGUACGAUUUGAAGACGAAGAAGGAAAAGAAGAAAGAGUUAGAGCGGAUGGAAGAGAUAGAAAAGAAAAUGUGCAGUGUAGAAAUGUGAAUAAAGUUUUUAUUUACCUGGA